AAGAAGAUGAUGAAGAGAUUCCUGAAGAACUAGCAGUUUGCAAAUUUUGCUUCAACAAAUUUGUCGAAGAAAACGUUCUCAAGACAAAAUGCAAUUGCAAAACUGGUCUUGCCCAUGACAAAUGUGCAUCUCACCACUUCAAUGAGCUAGGAAAUAACAUGUGUGAAGUCUGCGACCAAGAGGUUGAAACAACACCAGUAACUUUGCUUCGACGCCCAUUCUCUCCGGAGAAAGAGAAGCCAAAAAACAAGAAACAUUGCUUCGGAUUACGAAUGAAAAGGCCGGUUCGUUAA